GAUGGCGUCACUUCUUCGGUGUCUGUGUGAACUAUUCUAGUUGCCGCUGGAAAAAAUUCGUGAUUGUCGCAUAAAACGCACCUGCCGGCCGCCCAAAUCGAUCGAAAAGCGAACGUCCACAAUUGCGGCGCGACAGGCGAGUGAAAUUGUGGCUGUGCGUGCGCGAUAGACCGCCGAAAGGAGCUGUGCAAAAGUGCGAAUCGCAUCGGGAAUACCCGGAUACUUCAGCUACAGUGAAACCCAGCAAGCAGUGCUAGAAAGCAAGCAAAGGCAAAAAAGCAUCUUCGUGCCGUGCAAACGGGAGAGCCGCCGCUGUGAGAAACUGAGAAAUCACUGAGAAACGCAGAAACCGAGAAUCACAAGCCGAGAAAACGAGAAAGUGCAUAUGAUGCCAAAUAUCCAUAGAAGCAAGCGCGAAUUACUAUGUGAAUGCAGCAAUCAGCAGAGCAGCAGCAGCAGCAGCAGCGCAGAAAAAGGUUCCAUCUGAGGAGCAACCAACGUAGAAGCUAAGCGAGAGUAUUAAACCAGAGUAAGGCGCAUCGCAAAUGCAACAAUCCCUCCAGUAAACAAUACAAAAAUCAACAAACAAGUACAGCAAACAAAAAGAAAACAGUGUACAUACAACUGUAACGAAUUUAAGCAGCAACAAGCAAAAGCGGUUCAAGACGAGAGGAGUAUAACAAAUUUAACGCCCCCCCCGAGUAACCAACAGAUAGAUGCCAAGAUAAGUCGUUACCGCUUUAAUACCGCCAUCAACAUUACCCAGCAACAGAAGCUGAUCCAGCAACUCCAGCAGCAGCAGCAGCAGGCGAUCGCUUUCAAGGGGAAAAAGGGGAAGAGCAAGCAGAAAUUGCAGUUGCAGCAGCCGUUGCAGUUGCAGUUGCACAUUGGUCAGGAACCCGGAGAGGCAGAAGGCGCUGUAGAGCUGUUGGGCUUACCCAAGGGUAGGAAUAACAAUUGCAAGACGCCAAACUCAACCGCAAAAGUCGCCAACAUAACACAUAAAAUUUUCGGUUGGCUACGCAAAUCACGCAACAAACGGCCAGUCGAGAUCCUGAACAGCGAUUUCGGCGAAGACGGCGACGAGGGCGUUGGCGAGGGCAAAGGCCAAGGCGCAGGCGAGGAGGAGGGAGGAGGAGCAGCAGCAGCUGCCAGUGCAUCUGGUGGCGGUGCAGCCGAUCAAUUUUCAGUGGCAAGCGUUAAAAACAAAGCCGGCAAGCUGAAUACCACACAGACAGCCACGGAGACCGCCAUCGAUUCAAACGAACCCAAAUCUGAAAAGAUGUCAUCGGGCACGUUUGUGGAUCGAAUCGACCCGUUCGCCAAACGUUCGCUCAAGAAGAAGGGUAAAAAGAGUCAGGGUUCCUCGCGCUACAGAAAUUCUCAGGAUGUUGAGCUGCAGCAAUUGCCGCCGUUAAAAGCUGAGUGCUCCAGCCUAGAACAGGAGGAGCUAUUCAUACGGAAGCUGCGCCAGUGUUGCGUGUCCUUUGACUUUAUGGAUCCCGUGACGGACUUGAAGGGCAAGGAGAUCAAACGGGCCGCGCUCAAUGACCUAUCCACCUAUAUAACACAUGGGCGCGGUGUGCUUACGGAACCGGUUUACCCGGAAAUAAUUCGCAUGAUUUCUUGCAACCUAUUUCGCACGUUGCCGCCCAGUGAGAAUCCCGAUUUCGAUCCCGAGGAGGAUGACCCGACUCUGGAGGCUUCCUGGCCACACCUGCAGCUGGUGUACGAGGUGUUCUUGCGGUUCCUGGAGUCUCAGGACUUCCAGGCGACGAUUGGCAAGCGUGUGAUCGAUCAAAAGUUCGUUUUGCAGCUGUUGGAACUUUUCGACUCUGAGGAUCCCAGGGAGCGGGACUUUCUGAAGACGGUGUUGCAUCGCAUAUACGGGAAAUUUUUGGGACUGCGGGCUUUUAUACGAAAACAAAUCAACAACAUAUUCUUGCGAUUCAUUUACGAGACGGAGCACUUUAAUGGCGUCGGUGAGCUUUUGGAAAUCCUUGGCAGUAUCAUCAACGGAUUCGCCUUGCCCCUGAAGGCCGAACACAAGCAGUUUCUGGUUAAGGUCCUAUUGCCACUGCACAAAGUCAAAUGCCUGUCGCUCUACCACGCUCAACUGGCGUAUUGCAUUGUACAAUUCCUAGAGAAGGACCCAUUCCUUACCGAACCGGUGGUGCGUGGCCUGUUAAAGUUCUGGCCCAAGACGUGUUCCCAGAAGGAGGUCAUGUUCCUGGGCGAGAUCGAGGAGAUUCUCGACGUGAUCGAUCCGCCGCAGUUUGUCAAGAUCCAGGAGCCGCUGUUCCGUCAGAUUGCAAAAUGCGUGUCCAGUCCACAUUUUCAGGUUGCUGAGCGAGCACUUUAUCUGUGGAACAAUGAGUACGCCAUGUCGCUCAUCGAGGAGAACAAUGCGGUCAUCAUGCCCAUCAUGUUCCCGGCCCUUUAUCGCAUCAGCAAGGAGCACUGGAAUCAAACCAUCGUGGCGCUCGUCUACAAUGUGUUGAAGACGUUUAUGGAAAUGAACUCGAAGCUGUUCGAUGAGCUGACCUCCAGCUACAAGGCGGAGCGGCAAAAGGAGAAGAAACGGGAGCGGGACCGCGAGGAGCUGUGGAAGAAGCUGCACGAACUCGAAUCCAAUCGUUCUAGUGGGCGCACCGCCGGCGGCAGCGCCACGACAUCGAACACAGCAGCUUCCGCGGCGUCAACGUCCCUGCAGCCACCCAGCACCGCUGGCCUGAACUCUCAUCAGCAGCAGUCGAAUAGCAGCAGCAGCGGCAGUCUGUCCAGCGGCGGUGCCGGCGGCGACAAUAAUCCUGCGACCACAAAUGCGAAAAUCAAACAGGAUAAGGCGGACAACUAAGCAACGCAAGGCGCGUCCGAAACUAACAAUAAUAAUACAAAAAGAAAAACCAACAUCAGUAAAUGCGUUAUCCGAUAUCCGUAAACCGUAAAUCGUAAAUCGUAAACCGUAAACGGCAGAGACAGCGGCCACACAUCUAAAGGAGAAAUAAAUAGUUAUACUAAACCACACAUAUGCUAAACUUUAAAACCAGAAAAAUAUAAAACUAAAAUGUAUACUCGAUUGACAAGACACCAACCAAGCCGACCCGCAGGACGCUUGGGCGGCUGUUGAAGGAGGUAGAACCGAAAUCUGGAGCGGGAGCUGAAUCAGAUCCCAGGUCCCAGGGCGUGUGUGUGUGCUUGAGUGCGGCAUACAAGAAAGAAAUCUUUAUAAAUAAUGUAUCUUACACCUUCAGCAACACACACACACAUACACGUGCGCGACACGUAUAAAUAAUAUAUAUUACAGAAAAAAGAAGAAACAUAAUUAUUAAUUACGUUUAAGCGAAAACAAGUUGAAUAAAGAGAAAUCAUGUUAGUAAGUGAAA